GACGGGAAGGGGGCGGAGCCCGCGACGCCCAGCUGGACGCUUCCUUCUUUCCGCCGGCCCGGAACAAGGAGACGGCGGAGCUGCUGUAGCCAUGAGCCGCUUUAAAUUUAUCGACAUCGGUAUUAACCUGACAGAUCCUAUGUUCAGAGGCAUUUACAGAGGUACACGGAAACAUCAAGAUGACUUUUUGGAUGUACUAGAGAGAGCAGUCAAAACUGGUGUUAAAAAGUUUAUGAUUACAGGCGGAAAUCUACAAGAUAGUAAAGAUGCAUUGCAGCUGGCACAGACAAACGACAUGUUUUACAGUACGGUUGGCUGUCAUCCCACCCGCUGUGGAGAAUUUGAGCAGAAUGACCCUGACCAAUAUUUAGCUGAAUUGCAAAAUCUAGUUGAAAAAAAUAAGGAGAAGAUCAGAGCAAUUGGGGAAUGUGGCCUGGAUUUUGAUAGAUUAGAAUUUUGCCCUAAAGACACCCAACUCAAAUACUUUGAAAAGCAAUUUGACCUGUCAGAGCAAACAAAAUUGCCAAUGUUUCUCCACUGUAGAAAUGCACACACUGAAUUUUUAGAGAUAAUGAGAAGGAAUAGAGAGAGAUGUGUGGGAGGAGUGGUACAUUCAUUUGAUGGCACAAAGGAAGAAGCAGCUGCUAUAAUAGAUUUGGAUCUCUAUAUAGGAAUAAAUGGUUGCUCACUGAAAACAGAAGCCAACUUAGAAACACUGAAGUCAAUUCCUAGUGAAAGAUUAAUGAUAGAAACUGAUGCUCCCUGGUGUGGUGUGAAAAAUACUCAUGCUGGGUCAAAGUAUAUAAAAACAACAUUUCCCACAAAAAAGAAAUGGGAAGUAGAGCAUUGCUUGAAGGACAGAAAUGAACCUUGCCAUAUAAUGUCCUAAUUUGGUAGGCAUUCUCAGGGAUCACUUAAGAACAUGUCUACUGGAAUGGACCCUAGAAAAACACAGCCUGAAAAGGAGGUGGAAUACUUUGUCACUGGAGCAGAGACCUGAGUUUCCCAGGAUAGUAUGCUAACCCCUAGGCUAUAGCGUUCUCUCUAGGUGGAUGAUUAAGUAUGUGACACAAAGUAAAACAGCUUCAGCAGGAGAGAUUGAGAGACGCUCAUCCCAGAAUACCCUGUUAGCCUAACAGUUCAGGUACUCACCUGAGAGGUAGAAGACCUGUGUUCAAGUUCCUGCUCUCAAUCAGGCAAAGUGGACAUCUGAACCUCUCUCUCCCACAUUCUGGCCAAGUAUGCUAACUACUUGGCUACUGAGGUUAAGGGCAGUACCCUCCUCCAGUUUUACUUGAAAAAGGGCUGAGCUGAUUUAGGGGUCUAAUUAGGAAAUGAUUCACAGUGGUGAAUCCCAAGUGGAACCAGGCACCUAAUUCCCUUCAAGGGGGUGAGGCUUAGGCAGAACCUCUCUCUUUGGCAUUAUCUACUGGUUAGUUUAGGCAGCUUCCUGCUCAGCCUAUGAUGGCUUUUGUGAAUCCCUUUUUUAGGCACCUAACCAUUAUGCACAGUGCAGAGAGCAUGGGAGCCUGACUCAGGGCUAAGGUGUCCUCUGGGUGGCAGAGCACCUAAAUGUAGACAUUACAAGGCUGACCCUACAUCCCCUUUAUGGAUCAAGCCCUUCAUCUUUAACAACAAAAAGAUGUGGCUAUUAAAGGAGGAGGGUAAGGUGGAAAGUACUAUCAAAAUAAACUACAUCAGGCCUUUGUCAUAGGCCAUCUGGUCAUGGUCUGUUCUCCAUGAGGGGAAAAUUCCCCGUUAUUGUCAGAGCUAUACAGAUUCUCACCUAGUGUUAGGUGGGGUAGCUACAUAAGCUUCUGUAGAGCUAUGCCCAUUUACACUAGCUAAAUGUCUGACUUUAUGGAUGUCAGGUUGAGAUUUUCUAUUCAGGAACCUAAAUAGGUGGCCUGGUUUUUCAGAAAUGCUGCGCAGCUUCUACUGAAGUUAAGGGGAGCUGCUGGGUGCUCAGAACUUUAGAAAAAACAGGCCACUUAUUUAUUGGCCUAAAUAUGGACUUCAGCUUAAGAUUUCCUAGUGAGACUUCCUGAGGCCAAUCCUCAGCUGGGGUAAAUUGGUGUAGCUCUACUAAAGCUAAUGUAUCUACAACCAGCUGAGAAUCUGUCCCUUAAUGAUCACUUUCACUUACUGUUAAUGUCUUGUGCCUACAACAACCAACCUGUGCAGAAAAUUUUCUUGUGAACUUAAGCUUUUAGUAGAAAUAAAGAUCUUGAAAGAACUUAACUGAGUUUUUUCCUGAGAUGUUAAGCAGAAGUGUAUCCACUAAUUCAGCUGCCUCUAAAGAAGCCCAAUAUUGCAUUAAUAGUCAGAAGGUAGUCCUAAGGGCCAGGGAUCACAAAGUAGUGGAAGGAAUAACUAGUCCAUCCUUGUCUCUCAGCUACUAAUUGAAAAUCUGUAUUUUCUAAAUACAAAUAAGUGGCAGUGCAUUGCUCCACCUGUCAAGGCUUUCAGGGUAACAGUUUUUUAAAAGUGCAACUAUUAAAUUAGUCUUAUCUUUUGGCUUCUUCCCCAUCCCUUUUAACAAGCUAUUGUUAAACACCUAAGAACUUGUUCAUUAGAAAUCAAAAAUUUGGAGAGGGAGCAAGAGUAUAGAGUAUUGAAUUGACUACACUCUUAAUGAACUUCAUCCUUUGAACUUCUGAUGGCCUAGGUGAGAGAUUUAUACUGCACUUUAUCCAAAAUAGCAGAAAUUUCACCCGUAAAGCAGAAUCACUUUCAUUGGAAUGUAAGGUUGUUUACCUACCUACAUAGGCAAAGCAAAAGUUGUCAAAGGAUCAAAGAUUAAGAGACUGCCAGUGAGUGGUUGAUGUUUUAAGUGGCAGAAGCUAGUUACUGUGUGCAAAUGAAACUAAAGUAUACUUUCAGCAGUAAGUCCCAACCAUGUUGGUCCCCUCAUAGCUAAUAGUGUACACAUGAACUAAACUGACAUUAGUAUUUUUACCAUGACACAUAACUGAGUAAAAUUAACUUUUUUCU